AUGGCAAAGUGUACCUGUAAUGUUUCUUCUUUCUCUACAUCCGUCCAACAGAUUAUUUUCUAUGAAGAGAAAAAGUUCCAGGGCCGUCACUAUGAGUGCACUGGAGACUGCGCUGACAUGCAGGCCCACUUUUCUCGCUGCAACUCCAUCCGAGUAGACAGUGGAAGCUGGGUGGCCUAUGAGAAGCCCAACUACGCUGGAUACCAGUACAUGCUGUCCAAGGGUGAAUACCCUGAUUUCCAGCACUGGGCUGGAUUUAACGACUGCAUUCGCUCCUGCCGCAUGGUUCCUCCUUACACUGGAAACUACAGGAUGAAGAUCUUCGAGCGCUCUGAUUUCGGUGGUCAGGCAAUGGAGCUGAAUGAAGAUUGCCCUGAUCUACGUCAGCGAUUCCACAACGGAGACGUCUCUUCAGUCAAUGUCAUGGAAGGCUACUGGAUCCUCCACGAGCACCCCAACUACACUGGCCGCCAGUUCUUCCUGCGUCCUGGCGAAUACAGGAGGUACAUCGAGUGGGGCAGUCCAAGUCCUACCAUGGGCUCCCUGCGACGUGUGACUGAGCUCAACUGA